ACUUCGACAGUUUUGACUAUUUCUCAAAUUACAACGAUUUUCUGAAUCUGCAAUAAUUUAGCGACGAUGUGAAAAAGUCUGUAAUCACUACCUUUUCACGUCUUUCUAGGUGUUUUGAAUUAACCUAUGAGAACAUUCAACUAUUAUACAAUCUUUUUUGCUUUCUUCUUCUUCUUCCCUUUCUCUUCAGAUAUAUCCUUAAAAAUGCCAAGAAAGAGAAAGAUUAAGGUCAGGGAAACACAUACAGUCGGCCGCCCACGCUUAGAAUACGACCUGAAGCAGUUAUACCUGGAAAUGCUGAAUUAUCGUUUAAAUAAUAAAAUGUCGUACAGUGAAGUGUGUCAAUGUCCUUUAUAUCGUUCAUUCAAUAUAACGAAAGGAGCAUUAUCGAAAUUCUUUAUAAGAUAUAACAAAGACGUUGAAAACGUGAGUAAAGGUGAUUUACAAAUUACACUCUUUAUAUUAACUAACGAUGCUUUUCUUUUUCGUUCUAGUAUUUGAAAGAAGUACAACAACAAGCAGUGGAGGCAGCAGAAGAAAGUGAGUUUUCAGUUCAACGAGGACCAGACGAUGUUGAAUUAAUGAGUGAACCUAAAUUAAAAGAAGAAAUUGAUGUUAGUGAUUUGGAAUCUCAUGAACAUUUUGAUCAACAGCAACAGGAAGAGGGAACGACGGCAGAAACAACAGCAAACGUAUUAGAUCAUUCACUAAACUCAAUUGAAUUCAGCGAAUAUGAAUUACCGCUUGAUUUGUCUAAUAUCGUUCACACUGAACUAGUUGAGACGUCAGAAUUACCAGAACUAGCACCACUCAGCAGCAACGAUUUCUUACCUUUUGUUCGUGAUGUUGAUACAAUUCUAUAUCGUUUAGCUUCUGGUUUCAAAGUGGAAAUGUGUACUGUUGAAAGUCCAAAUUUAGUUAUUCUCUGUUGGAAACCAAUGUGGGUUUUCUCUAGCGAUUUUAAAGAUGAUGAUGGUCAACUAUUUGCUCGACCAAAAAGUGAUGCUUUGUAUUAUCCAAUUGAAAGUGUUCUUGAUAGUAUGCUACCACAAAUAGUAUUUCAAGACGAUACAUCUCAUUUUCUCUUUGUCCAAUGGAAAGAUACACAGAUUGAUCGUAAUGAAUUGAAUACAUCAGAAAAAAUUGAAUUCGAUGUUACUUUAGUAGGAAGAUAUUUAGUAGAAACAAUCGCCGAAGAAGAAGGACAAAAAUAA